AUGGGCACGGGGGAUUUUAUCUGCAUUUGCAUGACCGGAGGGGCGCCCUGGGGGUUCAGAUUGCAAGGGGGCAAGGAGCAGAAGCAGCCCUUACAAGUUGCUAAGAUCCGAAGCCAGAGCAAAGCCUCUGGGUCUGGGCUCUGUGAGGGGGAUGAAGUGGUUUCUAUCAAUGGCAACCCUUGUGCAGACCUCACCUACCCCCAAGUCAUCAAGCUCAUGGAGAGCAUAACGGACUCUCUCCAAAUGCUUAUCAAAAGACCAUCCAGUGGAGUAAAUGAGACUUCCAUCUCUGAAACUGAAAACAACCCCCCCGAGCAUCUCACUCAUGAGGGGCGCGUGGAAAGUACCACCCUGCAGAUUCGACCAGCCGCAAAGAACCAGCACAGAGAGUUGUACGUUGCCUCAGUCAGGAGUGGGGCUCCUCUAGCUGAGGACCAAGGGAGUGGUCCUGGCUUUUCUGGGAGCAUAAAAGAAGAAACAGGCCUGAGCUACCAUGUGGCACCCCCUAUGCCUGACUCCCAAACAGGACGCUUAGCAGACGAGAUUAUCUUAAGAGAGAAGGCAGAAGUUGGGCAGCCAGGCCCUGUGGUUGAGCUACAACUGUCCCUUUCACAAGAGAGACACAAGGUCACGAAUGUCCCCGUGGUGGCUCUCGUGGGAGCUGAAAAAUCCAAGUCUCCUGACCCAGAUCCUCCCCAUGUACACCACAGCGGGAUCGUCCACAUAAAUUCAGUCCCCACAAAGGAGAAAGGGGAGGCUUCUCUGAGGUCCAGCAAGAUAAUCCAGCUCUCCAGUGGCAAAGAGUUAAAAGUGAUCCAGGGAAGUGAAGCAGGAGACUCGGGGCUGCCCCGAGUGGAAGUGAUACUCGACUGCUUGGACAGGCAGAAGACGGAAGGGUGCAGGCUUCAGGCAGGAAAGGGGUGUGUGGAUUCUCCAGUGGAAGGAGGGCAGUCAGAAGCACCUCCUUCUCUGGUAUCCUUUGCAGUCUCAUCAGAAGGCACAGAGCAGGGAGAAGAUCCACGCUCGGAAAGGGAUCACAGCCGACCUCACAAGCACCGAGCGCGCCACGCACGGCUCAGGAGGAGUGAAAGCCUAUCAGAAAAGCAGGUGAAAGAAGCAAAAUCUAAAUGCAAAAGCAUUGCCCUCCUUCUUACAGAUGCCCCCAACCCCAACUCCAAGGGGGUGUUGAUGUUUAAGAAGCGUCGUAGGCGGGCCAAGAAAUACACCCUAGUUAGCUACGGCACUGGUGAACUUGAGCGCGAGGCAGACGAGGACGAAGGAGGUGACAAAGAGGAUACCUGUGAAGUAGCCUUUCUGGGCACGAGUGAAUCAGAGGUGGAUGAAGAGUUAUUGUCUGACAUUGACGGCAGCGCACAAGUUGUGAACUUUGACUGGGAUUCCGGACUAGUGGACAUCGAGAAGAAACUGAACAGAGGCGACAAGAUGGAGAUGUUGCCAGACACCUCAGGCAAGGGCGCCCUCAUGUUUGCCAAGAGGAGGGAGCGAAUGGAUCAGAUCACAGCCCAAAAAGAGGAGGAGAGGGUGGGUGGAGUGCCAAGCAGAGAACCCGAUGCUGCACAGUCGGAGGGCCUGAGAACCAUGGCUUCUUACCAAAGGAAGGAGGAAGAAUCUGUAAGAGUGCAGAGCUCUGUGAGCAGAAGCUACAUCGAGGUGAGCCAUGGUCAUGGCCAUGUGCCCCAACAGAAUGGCUUCAGUGGGGUGUCCGAAACAGCAGAGGCCCAGAGGAUGAUCCCUAUGAACAGAACAGCCAAACCCUUCCCGGGGUCUGUGAACCAGCCAGCGACCCCCUUCUCCCCAACCCGAAACAUGGCAAGUCCCAUGGCGGACUUCCCGGCGCCUCCACCUUAUUCUGCAGUCACACCUCCACCUGAAGCCUUCUCCAGAGCGGUAUCAAGUCCGGUAGCUGGCCCGGCACAGCCUCCUCCGUGGCCCCAGCCUGCCCCCUGGUCCCAGCCAGCCUUUUACGACCCAUCUGAGCGAAUAGCCUCCCGGGAUGAAAGGAUCGCUGUGCCCGCAAAAAGAACAGGAAUAUUGCAGGAGGCCAAAAGGAGAAGCACGACGAAGCCCAUGUUCACUUUUAAAGAGCCCAAAGUAAGCCCAAAUCCUGAACUCUUGUCACUUCUUCAAAAUUCGGAAGGCAAAAAGGUCGCUGGAGCCGGAGUCGAUUCCGGACCCGAAGAAGACUACCUCAGUUUAGGAGCAGAGGCUUGUAAUUUCAUGCAGAGCUCCUCGGCAAAACAAAAGACUCCGCCUCCUGUUGCUCCGAAACCCGCAGUCAAGUCCUCGUCCUCCCAACCAGGAACUCCAAUGUCUCCGGUCUGGUCCCCAGGCGUGCCUCCGACCCAGCCUCCUGCUUUCCCCACGUCCAACCCGUCGCAGGGCACCCGUGUCUCCUCCAUCAAAAUAGCCCAGCCUGCCCACGCUCCUGCCCGGCCCGCGAGCGCUCUGACCCUGGCUGGUCCCUUCAAAGGACCACAACCAGCAGUAGCCAGUCCCAACUACACACCUAAGCCGGCGGCUCCCACAGCAACAGUGAACGCUGCUCACGCUGGUGCAGCGGGACCAUCCAAUGAGCUCCCAGGAAUGAGUGGGAAAGGAGCCCAGCUCUUUGCAAAAAGGCAGUCGAGGAUGGAGAAGUAUGUGGUCGAUUCAGACACGGUGCAGGCCCAUGCUGCUCGCGCCCAGUCUCCCACUCCGUCCCUACCGGCCGGCUGGAAGUACUCCUCCAACGUCCGCGCACCUCCUCCUGUGGCCUACAAUCCUAUCCACUCCCCCUCCUACCCUCUGGCUGCUCUCAAGUCUCAGUCUCCAGCCCCACAGGCCUCCAAGACAAGCAAGAAAAAGGGCAAAAAACCCCUCAAUGCUUUGGACGUCAUGAAGCACCAACCGUAUCAGCUAAACGCAUCCUUGUUUACUUUCCAACCUCCAGAUGCAAAGGAUGGCCUCCUCCAGAAGUCGUCCGCCAAGGUCAGUCCAGUGCCAGCCAUGAAGCAAGCUCUUCCUCCCCGGCCCGUGAACGCUGCCUCGCCCACUACUGCGCAGGCCUCCUCUGUGUACUCGGUGCCCGCAUACAGCUCUCCGCCUGCGUUCUUUGCAGAGGCCACCUCACCGGUGAGCGCAUCCCCAGUGCCCGUGGGCAUUGCCACCUCUCCCAAGCAAGAAUCAGAGGCUACGUCUUACUUUGUGGCACCGAGGCCGAAGUUCUCAGCCAAGAAAAGUGGUGUCCCAGUUCAGCAGAUUGGACACUCCCUUUCUCUUCCUGGAAGACCAGUCCCACCCACCAUCUCCACAACAUCUCCUUGGGUAUUCCAGCCUGCUUAUAACUACUCUAGCAAACCAACUGAUGAGCUAGAGAAGGCAAACAAGAGACUAACUCCUUGGGAAGCAGCAGCGAAGUCUCCUCUUGGUCUAGUGGAUGAUGCCUUUAAACCCAGAAACAUCCAGGAAUCCAUUGUGGCAAAUGUGGUCUCAGCAGCUAGGAGGAAGGUGCUUCCAGGGCACUCAGAGGAUUGGAACGAGGGACUGUCCUAUGUUCCUCAAGCCCAGAAGGUGAAUGUGAGUGCAUUUGCAAGGCAAGAGUAUAAUGUUGCAUCUUUACCUAAUAAUAAUAUGUCCACCAACUCCCAAUAUGGUUCACAGUUGCCAUAUGCAUAUUAUAGGCAGCCUUCCAGAAAUGAUUCUGCAAUAAUGUCCAUGGAAACUAGGUCUGAUUACUGUCUUUCAAUAGCUGAUUGCAACUACAACCCACACCCAAGGGGAUGGAGGCACCAAACAUGA